AUGCUUUGGUGUAAUAACAUUAUCUAUCUAUCUAUCUAUCUAUCUUUCUAUCUAUCUAUCUAUCUAUCUCAUACACUAUUCAUAUCCAUCUAUCUCAUCAAUAUCUAUCUAUCUAUCAAUCUAUUUAAUUUUCUGGUCAAAUUCUCUGUUUAUGUCUAUCUACCAACCUAUCUCAUUCUCUGUUCAUAUCUAUCUAUCUAUCUAUCUAUCUAUCUAUCUAUCUAUCUAUCUAUCUAUCUAUCUCAUACACUAUUCAUAUCCAUCUAUCUCAGUCAAUAUCUAUCUAUCUACCUCAUUCUCAGUUAUAUAUAUAUAUCUACCUGUCUAAUUCUCUGUUUAUAUCUAUCUACUAAUCUGUCUCUCUCAUUCUCUGUUCAUAUCUAUCUAUCUAUCUAUCUAUCUAUCUAUCUAUCUAUCUAUCUAUCUAUCUAUCUAUCUAUCUCAUACACUAUUCAUAUCCAUCUAUCUCAGUCAAUAUCUAUCUAUCUACCUCAUUCUCAGUCAAAUAUAUCUACCUGUCUAAUUCUCUGUUUAUAUCUAUCUACUAAUCUGUCUAUCUCAUUUUCUGUUCAUAUCUAUCUAUCUAUCUAUCUAUCUAUCUAUCUAUCUAUCUAUUGA